ACAGCACAUCGGUGAGACCGAAGACGGGUUGGCAUAAAUAUUUACCAGUGUAAAAACCCUAUUCCAUUUAUCAAGUAAAUUGAUACGGUUACUUAAACCAUGAGGUGUAAGCAGUCGAAAACGCCUCAUUGUCUUUUUAAAACUUCCAUCGAAUGUCUAGAAUCUUGUUUCUAUUUGGGAUCCAUGUAAAGUGUCUACAUAGAAAUUUAGUUUCAUUUCAGUCCGGUAAAGGGAAUUGAAAGGACACAGGUGCUCUUAAUGUGUAAAAGAAGAAGUGGAUUGCAAAUCUUUCCCUCACAAGAUUCAGGCUUUCUGGAAGCUAUGUUGAACUGUCUUAAGUCAGUCUAAAACUUACACUUGACCCUUUGCGAUCAUGACAUUACAACCUGGUUACUCCAUUAACUCCACUGCAGAGGACCAGGACAGCGAAACUGCACUACUUUUAGAAGAAGAAGUUGAAAAAAUCACAGCAACUCCCAAAUGCUGCUCUGUACGAUGCAAUCUGGCUGCUAUGAUGUUCUUUGGCUUUGCUGUGGUCUAUGGUCUACGUGUAAAUCUCAGUGUUGCUAUGGUUGCCAUGGUUAAUGGAACCAAUGACCAGCCAUCUCCCAAAAGCAAUGUAUCAAAUGAAUGUCCAGUACCCCCCCAUACACUUGACAACAACAGCCAAAGCUCAGAACAGCCAGAUGGGAUUCCAACAUACCCAUGGAAUUCAGAAACACAGGGAAUGCUGCUUGGUGCUUUCUUUUUUGGAUACUUGUUUACUCAGAUCCCAGGUGGAUACCUUUCAGGUCACUUUGGAGGAAGCAUCUUCCUUGGUGGGGGUGUGCUUGGAACGGCAGCCCUCACCCUCCUCACUCCACUAUCAGCACAACUUGGAGUCAAAUGGCUGUUUGCCUUACGUGCAUUGGAGGGUUUUGGUGAGGGUGUGACUUUCCCUGCCAUGAUGGCCAUGUGGGCCCGCUGGGCUCCUCCGUUGGAGAGGGCCCGCCUGAUGACCUUCUCAGGUGCAGGCUCUAGCUUUGGGGCCUUUGUGGCUCUUCCUCUCACCGGUUUUAUCUGCCAUAGUCUGGGUUGGCCAGCAGUCUUCUACUCUUGCGGUGGUGCUGGGUGUCUUUGGGCAGUUUUUUGGUUCAUCUUGGUGUCAGAUGAGCCAAGAACUCAUCCCAGAAUCAGUGACCAAGAGAAAGAUUACAUAAUUAACUCAAUAGGUUCACAGGGGACGCCACAUGGUUGGUCAGUACCUGUAGUAUCUAUGCUGUUCUCCGUACCUCUUUGGGCCAUUAUCAUCCCACAGAUGUGUAGCAACUGGUCUUAUUACACUCUGCUCACCUCACUUCCUAUCUAUAUGGACAAUGUGCUCCACUUUGAAUUACAGCAGAAUUCGUUACUCUCUGCUCUGCCUUACCUGGCUGGCUGGCUGUUCUCAGUGGGUGCAGGUGUGUUAGCAGACACACUUCUGGAGAGGGAGCUCCUGAGUGUCACAGCUGUCAGAAAAAUCUUCACUUUUAUUGGUCUGUUUCUACCUGCUGUGUGCCUGCUUGCUGUAGGCUUCUCGGGUUGUAGUGGUGUCCUGGCUGUGACUUCUCUUACUGCAUCCAGUGCGCUCGGGGGUUUCAGUGCUGCUGGUGUCUACAUUAACCAGAUUGAUAUUGCACCACGGUAUGCGGGCAUGCUUCUAGGAAUCACCAAUACUUUUGGGACCAUCCCUGGUGUUCUUGCACCAAUUGUAGUGGGUUACUUGACCAAAGAUCACUCAGUUAUGGGAUGGAGGCACGUGUUCUGGUUGUCCGCAGGAGUGAGUGCCUUUGGAGCCAUCUUUUACAUGAUCUUUGGCACGGGAAAGAUUCAGAGCUGGGCGAGGACAGAUGAGGAAUCGGAGACCGAUAUGCACAAUUAAAACAUUCCUGUUGACCAAUUCAGAAGGAAGCUGUAAAUUCGCCUUAUUUAAUUUUUUUUUAAAUCUAUACUCAAGACACUCUUCUGGUAUUCUUUAAUUAUACUUCACUCAGGGCUUUAAUAGAGUGUUUUUUACUGCUCUGGUAAUUUUCUACCAGUUGUUAAACAAUUAAGAGUUCAGCUAGAGUAAUUCCAUUUCUUAAUCAUAUUCUCAUAAAAUUUUUAUCAUAAAAUGUCCUCUUGUCUCACAUAUAUUUAUCUCAUAAUCAAUAUAAAUGUUACAAAUGUAAAAUAGAACAGAUUAGGGGGACCAUUCAACCAUAUUUUUACAAUAAUGGGAGAUACUUGUUUAUUAGCACUUUAAUGGCUCAGUCUAACCAUUGUUCAUGCUUUAAUAAUAAAAAAGGCAGUGAUGUUACUGCUGCAUAGAUCAUGAAUUUUAAACAAGAUAAAUAAUUAUCCUCAAUUGUGUCAUUGUACACAGCUGGGCAUGUCAUUUUCAUUUAAAGCACAGUUUGUUACAGUUAGACUGACAGAGAUGGUACAUUCAUAUUUACUUGAAAAUGUAUCAGUUUUGUCACAUUAAAAGCUUCCUCUGCUUAAUAGAGACCAUCAGAAAGGGAACAUCAAUAUAUUUCAAAUUUGUCAAGACAAAAUAUUAAUUGAAAGCUUAAAGUUUUAUAUUUUCAUUACUUUAAGCACAAUUUACCAUUGAAUGGUUUUUUGUAUAAAUGAAUAAGUUAUAAUAGUUUUUUUUUUUUUUUAAAUGUAAUGAAUCGUACUGCUAUUCUUGAAAAUAAUAAAAAAGCAUUGCAGUGUAUUUUUCAGCUUUACUACUGCUAAUCGAAUGAUUGCUACUUUAAGUCAAAAUGGCACGAAUAAGGAUACUUUUAAUGAUCCAGUAUUAUGUAUGAUGGUAAAUCACAAUGUAUUGUGAUUUUUGAUCAUGCUUGAUGAAUGCAAUAUUAUUAUUUUUACAUUGUUACAAAAUGUAUUUCUAAUGGUUUCUAGUAAUACACAACAAAAUAAGAACUUAAUUCUCAUCCGAAUAUAAGAAAAAUGGGGGCAACUUCAAAGUAAAUGUAAACAUAUUGUCAAUAAAUAUGUCCAUUAUU